AUGGCAACUGCUUCUGAGUUGUUCGCAGAUGAUGCGAGAACACGUUUCACUCAUACAAAAGCUCUCUUUGAGCAAUUAGAACGACAACAACAAGAGACUCCAUCAUUCUAUUCGCCUCGUCCAAUCCGUCAACCACCACCACUUCCACCAAAGCCACCAAAUCCCUAUUCAAUACCGCCAAGAUGUCCAGAAAGUCCGCUGUCACAGGUGGCUCAGAAUUUCACGGAACUCGUCUCGGAUCUGGAUCGCCUUUCAAGUGGUGGCCCUGUGGGCACAUCUUUCGAAGAAAAUCAUGAACAAGAUGAACGAGUGAAUGGACAAAUCAAUGGGAAAAUGAGCGAAAAUCCGGAUGGAAUCAUAGAUCAAAUAAGGGGACUCUCACCGGAAAGAGAAGCAAAAGAAGCAAGAGAUCGAAAAGUCUCCUUUUCGACUGCACCAAUUCCUGUCUAUCGAACUCACACUUCCGAUGAAUAUGAUCGUCGGAAUGAGGAAAUCGAUCCCGUUGCAUCGUGUGCCGAGUAUGAAUUGGAAAGACGUUUGGAGAGAAUGACACUCUUUGAUGUUGAAUUGGAUAAAGGACACGAGGGAUUGGGAGUAUGGGGAGUUGGAGCCGAUUCGGGAUUGGAGAAAUUGGGGAUCUUUGUGAAGAGUAUCACUCCGGGUGGGGCUGUGCAUCGGGAUUCGAGGAUUCGUGUCUGUGAUCAGAUUGUUUCUGUUGACGGGAAAUCACUUGUCGGUGUGAGUCAAUUGUUCGCCGCGGAAACUCUUCGAGCAACAACAAAUCGAGUGCGAUUCACGAUUGGUCGAGAGCCAAAUUUGGAUGAAUCAGAAGUGGCACAAUUGAUUCGACAAUCACUUGAGUCUGAUCGUGCCCGUGCCGCUUUACCCGAUGAAGACGAUGAAUUAAGUCAAACGGAAGAUGAGAUCCCUCCCACAUCUCAUUCUCAUCCCUCACAAUUCCACAAUCCGCAACCAAUCUAUCAAAAUGGCAAUAAUUUCGCUGAAUCCGAGAUAAGAACAAAGAUCUCCGUUCUCGAAAUGGAAUUAGAGAUGUCACAAAAGAAGGCAAAUCAAAUGCAUAAUGUUCUCGAUUCAACAAAGAAUCAUUAUGAGCUUCUCGAGAAAAAAUACGAUCAAGCUAAUCAACUAUUGAGGAAUUAUCAAGAGAGAGAAAAGGAGUUACUAUCACGAGAAGAAUCGCAUGUAUCACAAUUGAGAGAAAAAGAUGCACACUAUGCAACACUUGUACAACAAUUGAAGGAACGAAUCGACGAACUUGAAGGUCGAUUGGAAGAAGUCGUCGAACAGAAAGUCCUACCGGAAAAGCCAUCCGACUCAACAAUUCUCGGUGAUGAAUCGAGCGCCUAUCGACCAAAUGGUGAACACACGAAUCACGAAGAUAAAGCGGUGAUGGCAAGGAUUCCAAGUCAAUCAAAGCUUGUCGCAAAACGAGAUGCUGAAGUGUGCACGGGAUGGGACGAUGAUAAGGUUUCCUCCUCUUGUGACAGUCCAGUGCCGCGUAUCUCCGAGCCAGCUUCUCCUGCUCUUCCGCAUAAAUUUAUGCAUCGCAAACUGUUGUUCCCACUUCGAAAACGAUACAUUUUAAAUGAGAACGAGUUCUGGAGAGCCCCGUAUGAGCAUGUUCAAGGUCUUCAAGUGUUGCACUGGUCUGUCGACGAUAUUUGUCAAUUGCUCGUUUCAAUGGGACUCGACAAAUAUGUGCCCGAGUUCACAAUGCACAAAAUAAAUGGACCAAAAUUCCUCGAGUUAGAUGGAAGCAAACUGAAGUCGAUGGGCAUUCAAAAUCACUCGGAUCGUUCACUAAUCAAGAAGAAGGUGAAAACGAUCAAAAGUCGAAUCGAAAGAGAAAGGAAACUUCUCGAAAAAGAGAGUCGAAUGAGAACAUUAAUGCCUCAUCCAGCUGUUCCUGUU